AUGGCGCCAUCAUCGCCAACCGUCGUUGCCGCCCCGAGCACAGAGUCACCACCACCGCUAACCAUUGCUGCCACUUCACACGCGAUCAAAAAGUCGUCUGUGGUUGCAAAGGAUGGAGUGGCUACUGUGGUCCAAGAAAGUGGUCUUGUCAUUACUACUACUGUUCCUGACGAGGAGAGAGCGGUCUCUAUCAAAGAAGAAUCUGUGACUGAUGGAUUGGAGAGAAGGACGAGGUCAAGUCACGAUGGAAAUUGGCAAUUUCGGAGGAAGCCGAGGUCUGACAAGGAUAUAUCGAAGGCCACCGCGUCGGCUACUCCCACCGCAUCGAUCUCGACAGCUCCAGGGGCAGUGAGGGGAGAAAAGUUGUAG